GCUCACGCGGGCUGGCGGCGGAGAACAACACGCCGCGAACGAGUGAAGAUCGUCGCCAUGGCGACAGCGAUUUAUCUCGAACAUUAUCUCGACAGCAUUGAAAACCUGCCCUGUGAGCUCCAGAGAAACUUCACACUCAUGCGGGAGCUGGACAACAGAGCCGAGGAAAAGAAAUGUGAAAUCGAUAAGCUCGCAGAAGAGUACAUUAAAACCGUCCGAAACCUGGCUCCGGAUCAGAGAGUGGAGCACCUGCAGAAGAUCCAGAGCGGAUUCAGCAAAUGCAAAGAAUACAGCGACGACAAAGUGCAGCUCGCCAUGCAGACGUACGAGAUGGUGGACAAACACAUCCGAAGGCUGGAUGCCGAUCUCGCUCGCUUUGAGAAUGAGCUGAAGGAAAAGUUGGACGUCAGUGGCUACGAAAGUCCAGACAACAGAACGGCCAAGAAAGUAGGCGGUCGAGGAAGCCUGAAGGAAAAACGGCGGCCGAAAGGAAGAGGACGCAAACCUUCAGACGACGACUCGCCACGGAAAAAGAAAACGAAGAACAGCCCUGAGUUCUCUGAAUCCAUCCUUCCAGUUCACCCGUCAGACGUCUUAGACAUGCCCGUUGACCCCAAUGAGCCCACAUACUGCCUGUGCCACCAAGUGUCAUACGGAGAAAUGAUCGGAUGCGACAACCCAGACUGUCCCAUUGAGUGGUUUCACUUCGCUUGCGUUGAUCUGACAACCAAACCCAAAGGGAAAUGGUUCUGUCCACGAUGCACCCAGGAUCGAAAGAAAAAAUGAGAUGCACAUUUGUAACGUUGAGAGAUUACAUUUCUAUAUGAAUAUAUACGUAUGCAUAUAUAUAUAUAUAUAUAUGUAUUCUGUCUAAGUGGUAAAAUAGGAUAAUAUAUACUCCUUGGCCAUGAUGAAAUAUUCGAGGGUCGCGAGGAAACAAAGUUUUUAUUUUUCAAAGUACUUAAAAUGUUUCCAUAUGUUUAAGUUUCAUUCUGUGGUGUCAAAUUGUCAUUUUCAGACAAUCUAGGAUAUAUUAUAUAUGAUAUACAUAUAUUUUUUUUCUUUUUACUUACUGAUUAGUAUGUAUUUAAAUUUUACGAAGCUUCAAGCAAAUAUCAUGUCAUUGUGCUUUGCUCGUGAAAUGUUUUUAGCGUGGCACAAGUCGUUCGAAAGAAUUUUGCACACUUUUAACACGCUGAAUUCGGCAGCAAACAUGAUUUGUAUUUGCCGUUCUUGCACUUAAAGUAUAAUGCGACUACUUUUUUUCUGCAACUAUCGAUUUGCGUUGAAAUUCAACUUGUUGUUCAAGCAGAGUGAAACUUUGAAGUGCAAGUGAUACGUUUUAUUGUUAUAAUUAUGUAAUUACAGACGAUAAUCCAAAAUCUCACUCAGCAUAAGUGCCGUUGUUUAAGUUUCUUUUUUCCCCAUUCAAAUGUUGCUUUAUCCUUCGUUAUUAGCAAGAAUAUUUUGCAGAACUUAAAGGAACACUCCACUAUUUUUUAAAAUAGGCUAAUUUUCCAACUCCCCU